GGGGGGAACGGAGGCCAGGCGAGCCGGCGGAGCCCGAGGGGCCGCAGGAAGAGGGCGACGGCAGCUGCGGCGCGGGCGGGCCGACGCAGCGCCGCGGCCAGGGCGUGUCCCCAUUGCGCAGAGGGGGCAACUGAGGCGAACGCAGGCCUCAAGGUCGCGCCGCUCGCCAAGGUCGCCCGCGCCCCUCCCGGACUGCGACCCCGCGACCCCGCGCGUGGCUGGGGGCGCCCGGUAACCGCCGGCAUAGCCCCCUCCUCCAGCGCAGCCGCCUCCGUCUCGGAGGUUACGAAAUGCUUCCAAAAUGCCCUACUUUCCGAAAAUAUCUUGCACAGUCCGCUUGAAUUUUGUUAGGGAGGAGGACGUUGACACGGGAGCCGGGCAGGCUCCUACCUGCAGGGACGCGGCGCGCCCUCUCGCUCUCGUCCGACCUGGGGGCGUGGGAGCGGAGCCCCGGGAGCCCCCAGCCGCCGUGCGGAGCCUGGAGCGGGGUCCGGUCCGGUCCCCCCCCCCCCCGUGCGGCGAACUGGGACCGUCCAGGGGGUCAGGUCCGGAUCUCCACCCGCGCCGCCUGGAACGCCUUCUGAUGCGCCCCGCGUCGCGCAUCGUGCGUCCCCGCGGUGCACCUGGCGCCAUGUGUGCGGGGUUUAGGGCCCCGCUGUCACCAGUGAAAGUGACGCUCGUCCCUGUGAGCAUCUGCUCAGUCACCAGCGCCGGGCGUUCCCAAGGCCACACCUGGACACUGCUGCCCCCACCAUCACCUGGUGCCUUGUGACCUUGAGGAAGCUCUGUGGACCCGUCUGCUGGAAGCCAAGUGCCCCAGGCCUCCCAGUGUCUACACUACCCCCUCCUCCACCCUGAGCCUUGCAGAGCUCAGAGACCCUUCCUAGGAAAGGAAUGAGUGCGCGAGUGCAGAAGGAAAGCGGCCCUGUGACUUCGCUGGCGUCUGUGUAAAGUCCUGCCUCCUUUUUUUUUUUUCCCUAAGGUUUUAUUUAUUCAUGAGAGACACAGCAGAGGGAGGAGCAGGCUCCCUGCGGGGAGCCCCAUGCGGGACUCGAUCCGGCACCCCGGGAUCAUACCCUGAGCUGAAGGUAGAUACUCAGCCGUUGAGCCCCCUGGGCACCCCAAGUCCUGCCUCCUGGUAAAUCUCAGUCGGGCAGCCAGGCCCAGGGUCUUGUGCUUCUUCCACACCUGCGUAGGAUGCAUGCACGCAGGAGAACCCACGUGCAGGGGGAGCCAGUGCGGCGGGGAAGCCUCAACCAGCUUUGUCUGUGACCUGGACUUCCUAACCGAGUGUCUCGGGAACACGGGGCCUUCCUGCCUUGUUUGGAUGAAUCACACUGCGGCCAACCUAACUGCGAUCAACAGUGCCCUGACGUGGUUUUACACGGAUGCUUCUCCCACGGGCAUUUGGGGCCGCUGCGAACCUAGGGAGGAAAAACAGGUUCUUGAAAACCCUAAGAAGACAGAUGACUUCGGAAGAGGGACAGACGAAAGCAGCCGCUCCGUGGCCCCAAGUCAGCAGCUGUGGGCUGACAGUCCUGCUACGCAGAGCUUCUCCGAACUGCCCCCUGCAUUUGCAGGGCUCUCCCUCGACCCGGGCGGUGCUUCCCCACUCCACCAGUGAGGCUCACCCCGUGCUGGGUCCUUUCCAGGACACGUUCCUUAGCGCUCUGGAGCUGGUCGCCUGUGAAGAUCCUGCAGAACCAAAGCUCAGUAAAGGCGUGUUGACUGAAGGUGUAAGUGGGGUCAGCAGCACAGGUGUGCAGAACGGAAGGGCCCCCCCAGAUCUGGCUGCAUGGCUGCAGGUGUGUCUCCCUGGUGGGCUUGCCAGUGGGUUCCCCCACACUGGCCAGACUGGGACUGUGACCUGCUGGGACAGCCGUGGGGCCCCCUUCCCCCCCAACUCCCCGCUCUGGGUGGUCAGCCUGGCCUUGCACGCUGGGCGGGGGGCGGCUCGUGGCAGCUCCCACCCCCACGGCCGGGCUGCUGGUGGCCUUCGGCGCCCUGCCUUCCUCCCUGACCUAGUGCUGUCCGCCUGCCUCGGCCCCACCUGCCAGUCACACAGCCUCAACCGCCCUCCCCUUCCCCUCGCUCUGGGGUGGCGUCGGCAGCCGCCCAGCCUCAUGCCUUACUGUCUCCUGCAAGCUGCUCCUGUCUGGGCCCCAGGACUCCUGUACCCCGGGGCGGCUGGAAUUCGACCCCAUGGGUGUGGAGGGGCCUCCGUAGGGCGCAGAGAGCCGCCUACCACCUAGUUUGGAGCGCACCAGCCGUGAGCAGGGACCCCCGCACUGGUGGCCCCGAUGGGAGUCGGCUUAGGCACUGAAGGUCCCGGCCAGAGCCCAGCCCCUCUGAGCUGGCCACAGGGCCUACGGCAGGGGAGCCGUAUUGGGUGGGCCCCGCCGUCCCCGCCCCCGGGCUGGUGGCCUGGAGAGGACACAGGGGUGCGCAUGAGGCCUGGCAGUGGCGGAUGCCACCGAACAGGAGGCCUUUACAGACCCAAGGUGGCGUCACCUUCAAGGAUGUUUAGAGGAAGGUGAUGCUGAGAAGACCUACCACUGUCUCGUGAAUACAUGAAUAAAAUAUUUUUAAAAAACAAAAAUAAAGCUGCAGCCCAGUGGUUUCUAAAGAUCGGAGCAGAUCCUGCUGCAACCUAAGUUUAGAACAGGUUCCUCACCCCAAAAAAGAUCUUGUGCCCAAUUUUAGUAACUCCCGCCCCCAAACAGCUUUUUUAAAAAAUGUAUUUUAUUUAUUUAUUUAUUUGAGAC